UUAGGAAGCAAAGCGGAAAAGCCCAAAAUACCCCCAUUCCAUCCCCUAGAUACAUGCCGUAAAACCUCUCCUUUCCCUCUUCUAUCUUUCUCGUAAUCUCUCUUUCUUUACUUUUUUUGUUCCAGCUUCGUGUCGGUGACAGAUCUUGCAUUUCUCUACACUCAAAAACCCUCACAAACACACUAUAAUUUAAUUUCUUUUACAAAAUUCAAAAUACGGAUCUACACGCAAACCCGAAAGCAGUUUCGUUUUGUUAACUCAACAGAUUAUUAUUAUUAUUAUUAUUAUUAUUAUUAUUAUUAUUUUGUGUAGGGUUAGCUAGAGGAGAGAUUGAUGGAAUAAGGAAUGCAAGAAGAGGUAUUCUCAUCGUUGUUGUUGUUGUUGUCAAAAAGAGACGGUGGCUGUUGAUUUAUGAUAGUUACUGAUAUUAUAUUGGAGGGAGGGAAUUUGGAGCUUGGGAUUGGGGGAGGAAGAAAAUUGGAGGAGGAGUGCAUGAAGGGAUUGGUCUUGAAUGUAUGCUCGGUUAAGGAUUCGAGGAGGAUAAGGUGGGAUUCUGGUCUUGUAAUAAGGAGCAGAGGUAGAUGGGGCAAAUGCGGUUGAUCAACUUUGAUUGAUCAGGAUUUGUAACCUGUUUUAUAUAUAAUUCAAACGAGUUUCAGAUUUUAGAGGCCGGAAAAAAAAAUUUAGUCGAAAUUUUAGGAUUGGAGAACAAAAAAUAUGCAGCAGCAAGAUCAUAGAAAAAAGAAUUCAACUGAAAUGGACUUCUUCUCAGAAUAUGGUGAUGCCAAUAGGUACAAAAUUCAGGAAGUUAUCGGGAAAGGCAGUUAUGGUGUUGUUUGCUCUGCAAUUGACACUCACACUGGUGAGAAAGUGGCAAUAAAGAAAAUACAUGAUAUUUUUGAACACAUUUCCGAUGCUGCUCGUAUAUUGCGUGAGAUAAAGCUGCUUAGGCUCCUAAGACAUCCUGAUAUUGUGGAAAUUAAGCACAUCAUGCUACCACCUUCAAGAAGGGAUUUUAAGGAUAUCUAUGUUGUUUUUGAGCUCAUGGAGUCGGAUCUCCAUCAAGUCAUCAAAGCCAAUGAUGACUUGACACGAGAGCACUAUCAAUUUUUUCUUUAUCAGCUACUUCGUGCAUUAAAGUAUAUCCACACAGCAAAUGUUUAUCAUCGAGAUUUAAAGCCAAAGAAUAUAUUGGCGAAUGCGAACUGUAAACUUAAAAUCUGUGAUUUUGGGUUAGCAAGAGUUGCUUUCAAUGAUACACCCUCAACAAUAUUCUGGACGGAUUAUGUUGCUACAAGGUGGUAUAGAGCUCCUGAACUCUGUGGGUCUUUUUUCUCAAAGUACACUCCAGCAAUUGAUAUAUGGAGUAUAGGCUGCAUUUUUGCUGAAGUGAUAACAGGGAAACCUCUUUUUCCUGGCAAAAAUGUUGUUCACCAGUUGGACUUAAUGACUGAUCUACUUGGUACGCCGUCAUUAGAUACAAUCUCACGGGUUCGAAAUGAUAAGGCAAGGAGAUACUUAACUAGCAUGAGGAAAAAGGCGCCUGUUCCAUUUGCACAGAAAUUUCCAAAUGCAGAUCCUUUGGCACUAUGUUUGUUGGAAAGGCUGCUCGCAUUUGACCCGAAAGACCGGCCGACUGCUGAAGAGGCGCUGGGAGAUCCUUACUUUAAGGGAUUGGCAAAAGUCGAGAGGGAGCCUUCCUGCCAACCAAUAACAAAGAUGGAGUUUGAGUUUGAGAGACGGAGAGUUACAAAGGAGGACAUACGAGAGCUAAUCUUUCGGGAGAUACUGGAAUACCAUCCUCAACUGCUCAAGGACUAUGCAAAUGGAACUGAGAGGACUAACUUUCUCUAUCCAAGUGCGGUUGAUCAAUUCAGAAAGCAGUUUGCGCAUCUUGAGGAAAAUGGUGGUAAAAGUGGGCCUGUAAUUCCACUUGAAAGGAAGCAUGUAUCUCUUCCCAGGUCUACAGUUGUACAUUCAAGCUCAAUCCCUUCCAAAGAACAACAGAACCUUGCUUCCUUCAAGGACAGGCACUCCACAGAGGAAGUGUAUAACAAAAACCCCCGAGACGCUGAAGGAAUUCCCGUAAAUAUAUCAAGGACCUUGCAGGCACAGCAGAGAAUUCCACUGGCUAAACCUGGAAAGGUUGUGGGGUCAGUUGUGCCAUACGAGAAUGGAAGCAUCAGGAAAGAUGCGUAUGACCCAAGAACAUACAUGAAAAGUACAGUCCUUCCUCUGCAGCCUGUUCCUUCUGCAUAUUGUUACCGCAAAUCUAGUACAGGAAAGCUAGAACGAUCUACCAUGGAAGCUGAAAGAGACCUGUCCUCGCAAAAGCAAGUCCAGCAAUGUGGCAUGGCUGCCAAAUAUGCUCCAGAUGUUGCUAUCAACAUCGACUCCAACCCAUUUUUUAUGACAAGGGUGGGAGGGAGCAAGGAAGAGCAUGUGGAUGACCGGGUGAUGAUUGACACAAGUUUGCUGCAGACCAAGUCACAGUAUGGUGGUAUUGGUGCUGCAGCUGCUGCGACCGCAUCUAGAGCUGCUCACAGAAAGGUCGGAACUGUUCAAUAUGGUAUGGCAAGGAUGUACUAGAAAAGGACUGAGGAGAUCCACUUGUCUUGAGUAUAAAAGUGGAAAAAUUCCAAGAUU